GUGCCAAGUUUGAAUUCAACAACUGUCUCUGCAUCCUUUUAUUUCACUUAGGAUUUUCUGGUUAGAGGCAACAAAAAUGAAAAGGCGAGUUGUUGGGAAAUGCUGGAAUUGCUCAGAAAAAUAAAGGAUAGACUGAGGAAUUUGAUCAGCCUUGAGAACCAUAGAGACUAAACCUCAGACCUCGAUGUUGUCAAGAUGCUCUCGGAUUAUUCUCUGAGUUUCUGGGAUUUCAUUGUUCUAAGCUGCGUCAUGUAUUGGAGCAUAACUUCUUCUCAUCCCCCACCUUCCACCCCCUCCCCAAAAAAGAGAUAGUUUCCCCACCAGCUCUGUUUGGGAGAAUUCUGGAAAGGAGUCCAACUGGGUAACCUUCAUCACUAGAUUAAUCAGUGUACCUAGGAAAAGAGGAAACCAAUUGCCCAGUUCUUGAGUUCAGGUGUUGAGGGUGCCAGGAAUGAAAACAAGACUAGACGUUCCCGAUGGCUUUUCCUGUGUGCUGACCUGUGUACCAUGGCAGCUGAAACAGAGAAGACGCAUGCUUUACUCCAGGCCUGUAGCACUGAAUCUCUCCUCUCCAGCCUUGGUCUGGGGAUAUUUUGCCUAGUAGCUGACAGGAUUCUUCAGUUUUCCAUAAUUCAACAAAGUGACUGGAUUCGCGCCCUCUCAGACAAUGCAGUGCAUUGUGUGAUUGGCAUGUGGUCCUGGGCAAUAGUCAUUGGGAUCAAAAAGAAGACUGAUGUUGGAGAAAUUGUCUUAGCUGGAUUUCUAGCCUCUGUUAUUGAUAUAGACCAUUUUUUCCUAGCUAGAUCCUUGUCUUUAAAGGCUGCUUUAAGUCUUCCACGAAGACCUGUCCUUCACUGUUCCACUGUGAUACCCGUUGUGGUCCUGACCCUGAAGUUGGCUAUGCAUCUUUUGAAGCUAAAAGACUCCUGGUGUUUUCUUCCAUGGAUGUUGUUUAUAUCCUGGGCCUCCCACCAUAUCCGAGAUGGAAUCCGUCAUGGUUUAUGGAUAUGCCCAUUUGGAAAAACCUCUCCUUUGCCAUUCUGGCUUUAUGUGAUAACUACAUCAUGGCUACCUCAUCUCUGUUCAUUCCUCAUGUGUUUAACAGGGACCAGACAAGUGAUGUCUUCAAAAAAUGGAAUUCGGAUUGAUGUCUGAGGUAAUCACAGGGACUUUUAAGAAGAAGCCAGGGACUCAGAUGAUGAAAAGAAAAGGACAGCCAACAUUAAAGUGAAUAUCAGAAACACA